AUGUUCACUUUUCUCAAAAUUAUUCUGUGGCUUUUUUCCUUGGCAUUGGCCUCUGCUAUAAAUAUCAACGAUAUCACAUUUUCCAAUUUAGAAAUUACUCCACUGACUGCAAAUAAACAACCUGAUCAAGGUUGGACUGCCACUUUUGAUUUUAGUAUUGCAGAUGCGUCUUCCAUUAGGGAGGGCGAUGAAUUCACAUUAUCAAUGCCACAUGUUUAUAGGAUUAAGCUAUUAAACUCAUCGCAAACAGCUACUAUUUCCUUAGCGGAUGGUACUGAGGCUUUCAAAUGCUAUGUUUCGCAACAGGCUGCAUACUUGUAUGAAAAUACUACUUUCACAUGUACUGCUCAAAAUGACCUGUCCUCCUAUAAUACGAUUGAUGGAUCCAUAACAUUUUCGCUAAAUUUUAGUGAUGGUGGUUCCAGCUAUGAAUAUGAGUUAGAAAACGCUAAGUUUUUCAAAUCUGGGCCAAUGCUUGUUAAACUUGGUAAUCAAAUGUCAGAUGUGGUGAAUUUCGAUCCUGCUGCUUUUACAGAGAAUGUUUUUCACUCUGGGCGUUCAACUGGUUACGGUUCUUUUGAAAGUUAUCAUUUGGGUAUGUAUUGUCCAAACGGAUAUUUCCUGGGUGGUACUGAGAAGAUUGAUUACGACAGUUCCAAUAACAAUGUCGAUUUGGAUUGUUCUUCAGUUCAGGUUUAUUCAUCCAAUGAUUUUAAUGAUUGGUGGUUCCCGCAAAGUUACAAUGAUACCAAUGCUGACGUCACUUGUUUUGGUAGUAAUCUGUGGAUUACACUUGACGAAAAACUAUAUGAUGGGGAAAUGUUAUGGGUUAAUGCAUUACAAUCUCUACCCGCUAAUGUAAACACAAUAGAUCAUGCGUUAGAAUUUCAAUACACAUGCCUUGAUACCAUAGCAAAUACUACGUACGCUACGCAAUUCUCGACUACUAGGGAAUUUAUUGUUUAUCAGGGUCGGAACCUCGGUACAGCUAGCGCCAAAAGCUCUUUUAUCUCAACCACUACUACUGAUUUAACAAGUAUAAACACUAGUGCGUAUUCCACUGGAUCCAUUUCCACAGUAGAAACAGGCAAUCGAACUACAUCAGAAGUGAUCAGCCAUGUGGUGACUACCAGCACAAAACUGUCUCCAACUGCUACUACCAGCCUGACAAUUGCACAAACCAGUAUCUAUUCUACUGACUCAAAUAUCACAGUAGGAACAGAUAUUCACACCACAUCAGAAGUGAUUAGUGAUGUGGAAACCAUUAGCAGAGAAACAGCUUCGACCGUUGUAGCCGCUCCAACCUCAACAACUGGAUGGACAGGCGCUAUGAAUACUUACAUCUCGCAAUUUACAUCCUCUUCUUUCGCAACAAUCAACAGCACACCAAUAAUCUCUUCAUCAGCAGUAUUUGAAACCUCAGAUGCUUCAAUUGUCAAUGUGCACACUGAAAAUAUCACGAAUACUGCUGCUGUUCCAUCUGAAGAGCCCACUUUUGUAAAUGCCACGAGAAACUCCUUAAAUUCCUUCUGCAGCAGCAAACAGCCAUCCAGUCCCUCAUCUUAUACGUCUUCCCCACUCGUAUCGUCCCUCUCCGUAAGCAAAACAUUACUAAGCACCAGUUUUACGCCUUCUGUGCCAACAUCUAAUACAUAUAUCAAAACGAAAAAUACGGGUUACUUUGAGCACACGGCUUUGACAACAUCUUCAGUUGGCCUUAAUUCUUUUAGUGAAACAGCAGUCUCAUCUCAGGGAACGAAAAUUGACACCUUUUUAGUGUCAUCCUUGAUCGCAUAUCCUUCUUCUGCAUCAGGAAGCCAAUUGUCCGGUAUCCAACAGAAUUUCACAUCAACUUCUCUCAUGAUUUCAACCUAUGAAGGUAAAGCGUCUAUAUUUUUCUCAGCUGAGCUCGGUUCGAUCAUUUUUCUGCUUUUGUCGUACCUGCUAUUCUAA